AGAACGAUGGAUGGGCUUGAGUUGUUCACAUUUAGACAGAGAAAUCAUGAACACAUGUUAUAUCUUCACCUUUUUGUAAGUUGCAUAUGUUUUUCUUAAAUACAGGCUGGAGAUAACUCGAGAAGUACAUUGCCUCAAACAGAUGUUAGAUUUUACGUCCAUAAAGCGUUUGGCGGUUUAUAGAGAGAACUUCUGGGGAGUCACUUUCAACAUGGACUCGGUCUACAGUGACCACACAUACUCGCACUGUUUCAACCAUAAAGCUUUACAUUCAGAUGUCCAGAAAGUGAUUGUUGGUGAAGAACAUCAGCCGGUGUGGAGCUCCAGACUGGACCAGGAGGACACAAAGCCCCCCUACAUUAAAGAGGAACAGGAGGAACUCCAGAUCAGUCAGGAGCAAGAGCAGCUUCAACGGCUGAAGGAGGCUGAUGUCACCAAGUUUACAUUCACUCCUGUUCCUGUAAAGAAUGAAGAUGACAAAGACAAACCUCAUUUCUCACACAUUAAUCAAAUACAAACUGUAGAGAUGAAAACAGAAGCUGAUAGAGAGGACUGUGGAAUACCAGAACCAGCAAGAAACUCAGAUCCAGAUACACAUUUACAACCAGAUACUGAUGAUGAGACUGGAGACACUUCUGAACCUGAGACUGAUGACAGUGCGGAUUGGAAGAAGACCAGAGAAUCUCUGUCAUGUUUAAACUCUCUGAAUAAUGAAGUCCCUGUCAGUGAUUUGAAAUGUAGAACUGGUGAGAAAGAGGGUUGGAAAAUAUUUGGCACCAGUGGACAUCUGAAGAGACACAUGAGAUCUCAUACAGGAGAGAAACCAUAUAGCUGCUCAAUUUGUAGAAAAUAUUUUGGAAGGAGACAAGAUUUACAGACACACAUGAGAAUCCACACAAGAGAGAAAUUCUUAAGUUGCUCGGUCUGUAAGAAAGCCUUUACGGUGAGUGGAAAUUUACUUAAACACAUGAGAAUUCACACUGGAGAGAAACCCUUUAACUGCUCAGUGUGUAAGAAAGCUUUCACAGAGAGUGGAAGUUUACAUAAGCACAUGGUAAUCCACACAGGAAGGAGACCUUUUAGCUGCUCAGUCUGUAAGAAAGCUUUUUCAGUGAGUGGAAAUUAUCAUAGACACAUGAGAACCCACAGUGGAGAGAAACCGUUUAGCUGCUCAAUAUGUAAGAAAGCUUUUACAGUGAAAGGAAGCUUGAAGACACACAUGAGAACCCACACAGGAGAGAAACCAUUUAGCUGCUCCGUCUGUAAGAAAGCUUUUACAGUAAGCGGAUAUUUACAGGCACACAUGAGAAUCCACACAGGGGAGAAACCAUUUAGCUGCUCAGUCUGUAAGAAAGCUUUUACAGUGAGUGGAAGUUUACAUAGACACAUGAGAACCCAACACGUGGGAAACCAUUUAGCCAUGUAAAGUCGACCUAUAGUUUAGAAGGAGAGCAGAUGAAAAUGAAGAGUGAUAAGAGAUAUAUAAUAUAAAGGGGUUCUUUAGAAAUCUAAAUUUAAAAUCUCGUAAUUACAUCUUAGGCUUUAAAAUAAGUAAAUUAAAGUAUUAUUCUGACAGGUCUUUAAAAAUGUUUUUCUGAGAUCCUUGGAACUCCAAAGAUUAACUUGUUCACUUUUGCAACAUAAAAUGGACUUGAAAUGAAAUAAGCAGCCUAUCCAUGCACCCCAGCCCUCUUCAAAAUGGCAGCUGGGUCUCCAGUCUCCACACCUGACUGUCCCUAUAAAGGCAACGACUACCAUUAUUAUUUGCUCUUCUCCAUUUCUUCACUCCAGAAGGAUUAACGAUUCUACUGCAUCCACCAGCAGGGGGUCCAGAUCAGCUUUCAGCUAAAGCAUGGCCUACUGAAAAAGAACUGACGCAGAAACUUUUCUCUAUGAAAUGACACAAAUGCCUUCUUAGAGUAAACAAACUAGAAUCACAGACUUGGAAAAAAAUGUCUCAAGGACUGGUGCUAUCAGCUUCAAUCCUGCAGGAUUGGGAUAAAGCACAACAGAGUCGUCAUUUGACCUCAAAACCAUAAUUCUCCCAACUUGGCUUUCUCACAAUAAUGAAACUGCCACAGAUAACAAAGGUUUUUUUCUGUGGUC